CUGUCGAAUUAAGUCUAACACAGAAUAAAUAAACCCCUUAAUUGACAUUAAUGCCACACCCUCUCGCCGUAUAGAGCGGACGGUGUUGAUAAUUCCGUAUUGUUUCCUCGGCCCGUGAACGAAGCAGAAGGAGCGCAGCGUCAGUGAAGACGAAGCAACCAGGAAGUGAUGCAGCGAAUUGACGCGGCCGCUGCCGGCGAGCGAGCGACGUGAUGAAGACAGCGGACAUCAGCCUGCGAAAAGCCACCGGGAUCUUAGCGGCCGUCGUUGUGGUGAUUGCGGCGGUUUUGAAUUAUUUUGACGACCCUGAUUCGGUUAAAUACACAAGCUGCACUCGUGCAAAGGGUGGAUUUGUUGUGGCACACAGCAUGGCCGCCGCGGACAUGAAGAAUCUGGAGGAGAACUUCAGGCAGCAGAAUAAAAGCUGUUUCAUCCUGGGAGCCUCCGGGGAAUCGGGCAAGAUGUUGCUUCAAGAGCUGCUGGAGAGCAACAUCUUCUCCAAGAUCACCCUGAUCGGGAGGAGACGGCUCGCCUUUGAAGACGACGCGCACGAAAACCUGAUACAGGAGAUCGUGGACUUUGAGAAGCUGGAGGAUUACGCCGCGGCCUUCCAGGGCCACGACGUAGGCUACUGCUGCCUGGGAACCACCAAAGCAAAAGCAGGGACUGAAGGAUUCAUCCGCGUUGAUCACGACUACGUUCUGAAAUCGGCCGAACUCGCCAAAGCAGGAGGCUGCUCCCAGUUCCACCUGGAGUCCUCCAGGGGAGCCGAUAAGAACAGCAACUUCCUCUACCUCAAAGUCAAGGGACAAGUGGAGGCAGAGAUUGAGGCGCUGGGUUUUGACAGACUUGCCAUUUACAGACCCGGCGUGUUGUUGGUGGAUCGGCAGGAGAGUCGGCCCGCUGAGUGGCUGGCCAGGAAGUUCUUCGGCGCCUUUUCCGCCGUGUGUUCCACGGCCAUGUCCAUCCCGAUCCAGGCGGUGGCCAAAGCGAUGGCGGCGAACGCUCUGCUUCAGCCCGAGACGAAGACGGAGAUCCUGGAGAACAAGGACAUCGCCAGUCUGGGGAAAAGCGCUGGGAAGUGAGAGGAGGAGAUACCCGGAGGUCCCGUACAGAGACGGCUACAAAGUGCAAACACUAUUCUCAUCAUCAUCUUGUCCAAAGGUUUUCAAUUUAAAUAAAAUGUAUCCUUGGAUUGUUAGAAAGCCAAAGUGUGUGUGUGUGUGUGUGUGUGUGUGUGUGUGUAUAUAUUAUGCUAGAUACUUUUCUGUAGAAAACGACGUGUAAAGCUAGAAAGAAAUCUUGAAAGGUAUUUGGCUUUAUUUUCUUAUGGGGUAAAUGGUGUUGUAAUGUUGUCAUGAGGGACUAUUUCCAGGCUUUUUGACCCUUUGUGCUCCGAGUCAACGCACUCAACCACUGCCUUAAAGUAAAUGAGUUGAUUCUGCACUACAUUCAAACAUAUUUUUCUUAAAUUAUUACAAAUAUUUUACUGUGGAUAUUUUAUUUAGGAAAAUGUGACUGUAUCCAUAUUAUCUUUGGGUGUGUAUGUCUGGGCUGUACUACAUCUGUGCACUGAUGCAUGUGUUGGAUGCUUGUCACCAUAUCUAUGCUCUUUAUUUCUGUUAAAUUGUGAAAUAUUAAGGCUCUUUAUUUCUAAUUCAUAUCUUUUUUUCAAAUUUCCUUUUCAAAGUUGAUAGACGUAAUUGUACACAAUUGUCUGCUACUUUAUCUAGUAUGAUUUGCUUUGACUGCUCUGAGUGAGGCACUUCUAAUUACCUUUAAGUUUGAGAGAUGAUGUUCAAAUGAACUCUCCUCCUCUCUGUGAUCUAGCAGCGCCCCCUUGUGGUGGAAUACCCUCAUUGGGCUCCAAAUACUUGAUACGAUAGUUUUUUUUUUUACUCAAUUGCUUUGCUUUAUUUGCGGCUAAAAAGAUGCACUAAGGCAAUACUUUUAGCAAGACAGUCAGUUCUUUGAAAUAUGUAUGUUCUAAACAAUAUAAAAAACAACUUUACACCUUA